AUGAGAAUGGCCCUCAAUGGUGAAAUGGAGUACAUCACCUCAGCUGAGCCCGUCACAACCAUAGCUGUCUCAGCUUGGUCGUCGUCGUCGUCAAUCAGCGCACUGAAGGGGCUGAAGCAAGGGGCUCCAGGCGAAUGCGAUUCGGACAGAGGCCACUAUGCCCGCUCACAAGGAGAAGUGCCAGCUUCGGCAACAGCGUCUGAAGAUGAAUACAGUGACCAUUCGAGAAGCGACAGUAGCGGCGGUGAAUCGCAAGAAGAGGGCGACAACUUUGAAGAGGAGGAGUUGCUGGCAUCGGACUUCUCCGAAUUGCAUGGAGCAACGCUCCCAGGCUCCCCUACGACAAAGGCGGCUGCGUUCCUGGUCAACGAGCUGCCACCGGACGCCAGAACGAAGAACUGUAUGCUUGGCGGCCUCUGGUUUGGGAGUCACCCCGACAUGUCGCUCUUCAUGGCCAAGUUUGUGGAUGAACUGAACCAGUGUGGAGCCCAGCGGUACAUGUUGUCCACUGUUGGUGACCUCAGGAACUCCGAGGACGUGAGGAGGGACAUGAGGUUUGCCGUGGAAGUUGGAGAGCCAGUAAAUGGACUGAAAGGACCAUCGCCACUUAUGAGGCUAAAGCAUUUUGACUUGGUGUCCGGGUACACUGUGGACUAUAUGCAUUGUGUACUGCUCGGAGUAGCAAAAUGUUUCACAGACUGCUGGCUCGAUUCAACCAACAGUCAAGAGCCAUUCUACAUAGGACGCCCAACCACUGUUGCUGAAAUCGAUGCGCGGCUGAUGGGAAUCAAGCCACCACAUUCCUUCACACGCCUUCCACGAUCACUGAAGGAGCGAUGCCACUGGAAGGCCAGCGAGUGGCGGAGCUGGUUGCUGUUUUAUGCUGUGCCUUGUUGUUUGGGCAUACUGCCGCAGCGUUACCUCAACCAUUUCAUGCUGCUGGCGGAAGGAAUAUUUGUGCUUCUUCAAGAGGAAUUGACUGAGAGCCAGCUGCUGCGUGCAGGGCGCUUGCUUCAAGACUUCGUCUCCAGGACGCUCACUCUUUACGGACCGCGCAUGAUGACUUUCAAUCAUCAUCAACUUCUCCACUUGGUGACAGCUGCCAGGAACUUUGGACCUCUGUGGGCGCACUCGGCGUUUGUUUUUGAGCAUGGCAACGGUAAAGUUCUUAGAACAGUGACGUCAGCUAAGGGAGUGCCACAGCAAGUGCUAGAGCGAAUGGUAAUGCUACAGCAGCUUGAGCUUGCCAUGACGUUUUUCCCUCUGCAGAGGAAAGUUGCAAACUUUGCUGACACUCUUCUUGGCCACCCCUUAACCACAAGUGCCACACACGUGAAUGGUGCAUGCAUGUUUGGUUCAUGUGUGCCGUCUCCUGUGCUCUCAAAUGAGGAAGAAAAUGCUCUCUCCUUGGUGUUUGGAUAUGUCCCUUCUGUGCAAGAGCACUUCCGUUUUUUUUUUAAGGGAACCAUGUUUACCAGUACCAGGUAUACAAGAGCCAGAAAGAGCAACAGUUCAGUUGUGCAGACGAAAGAGGGCAAUUUUUUUGUAAUUGACAGAAUACUUGUAGUAAUGAAUGGUGGGCAUGAGAACUCUGACUGUGUUUUGAUUUCUAAGAGGCUGGUAUGCACUGGUGAAGGCAGGAGGCUACCUCCUCACAUAAAGGAUUGUUUUUUUUCACAGUCAAGCGUUGUUGCUUUGGCAAUAUCUGAUGUAGUUGCACCGUGCCUUCUAAUUGAAUUUGUUGCCGAAGCCCAAGCAUACGUUUGUAUUUUGCCAAACCUUGUUGAAAGAGAUUGA